AUGAGCACGGUUUCACCAGCUUCUCUUGAAGAAAUAUGCCUGAGUUUUAUCAGUGCUAACAUUGAAGAUUUAUGCCACAAAGAUGUUAAAGGUGUCCAGUUCGGCGAGGUUUCUUUUCAAAAACUUAGUUUCAUUUCUCCGUUAUUUCUCCCCGAACAACUGGCAGACAAUAUUGUGAGAUGUCUCUCAUGUGAUGGAAUACUGACAGAUAGGACAGCAUCUCUAUUUGUUGAUCCGAGGAGUUGUAGAAUCAGAAAGUUCUACCUCAGGAAAUGUCAGCUGAGUUUUUCAAUGCUGAAACUACUCCUUGGAAAACAUAAAGUUGUGAAACUAGACUUAACUGGAACAAAAACGUGCCCCUCGCCGUCUUUAUUUUAUCAACUGCUGAAUGGAAUGUCAUCGACAGUGAGGGAGUUAAAUUUGAGCUGCACAUCAUUUGUCUUGGACUUUGCUGCCAUGAAGCCACUAAACUGUUUAACCCAUUUGGAUGUGAGCCAUUGCACUCUUAUAAACGACCACUUGAUGACAGUUGCUGCACAGAAUUUGGAUUGUUUACAACACAUUAAUAUCUCGAACACUGCGAUAAGACACGUCUCUUCAUUCGGGAAACUAAGAGGUCAACUGAAGACAUUAAUCGCUUUUAACACAUCAAUAGCACGAACAAAACCUGCGGAGUUUAAGGACUUUGCAUUAUUACAGAAGCUUGAUAUUUCAAGAAGUUUUCAUAGUAAUUUGCGCUACGAUGGGACAAUUGAUGAAAUGCUUACAGACCAAUGUAUGAUGCCAAACCUGGUCUCUUUGGAUGUUUCAGGUGUUUCCACAGUAACAGCAGAUGCUUUGCAGUCAUUUCUUUUUUCUCAUCCUAAACUCCAGUUCCUUGGCCUUUGUUUUACAUCACUGAAAUUACAAGAACAUCUGGAAAGAAUUUCUCCUUCUAUUAAGGUAGAAAUAUCACGAUAAUAAUAUAAUAAACUAAUGAUAUGUAACAGUGAAAAUAUUUCAUUGUUAUGAACCAGAGUGGUGGAAAUCCUUAAAGCUUGCAGGAGAUAUUUGGCAAUUUUCAUAAAAUGCCUUCAGAGUUUCAUAUUGUUAAGGGACUUGAUGUGAAGUCCAUACUCAAACUGAGUGGCCCAUCUUGCUGCAGUUCACCCCCAUUUACUCAGCAUGAAGCAACUUAGAGGGUUAUUAUACUCCCUCCUUGGAUAGGAGCUAGUAUAGAUCCCAGUCUAUCACAAGAUUACUUACAACAAUAAUCAGGUUCUUUCCAAAGUGUCAUACCAGACAUACCAGAUAUGUGACUUGGUUGCAUAAUAUUUAGCGUAAUUUAUGAAAUCUUUUCAUCCAUCAACUGCUCUUUAUAUGAGCUUCUUCUUAUACUAUUUGCAUCAUAAAAGUCAACAAUUGAAUUAAAUGUGGCUUAUCUUUCAUCAGAUCACGGGUGAAGCUACAGAGAAACAGAUCCUUUCUUCAUUACAAAUGUACUCAGACAGAGCUGAUUACAUGAGAGAAGCUCUGCGUGGAUUGUUUCGAAUCAGUAAUGAUUGGACAGCAAGAAAACCGCAAGUUCUAGAGGUACACAAUGAAAUGGCUCAGUUAAUUAACUUAAGGUUUAUUUGAUUCCUUUCAGCUCUAAGAGUGAUCAUCUUAUAAAUUUAAGAAAAAAGGUUCUACACCUAUAUUCAUUUUAAACUAUAGUUUCAUGAUUUAUGAUCAUAGCAAUGUAGAUAUUUAACCUCACUGACUUAAUAACCACAAACAGCCCAGAAUUUGCUAACUACAGUUCAAAGGCUUCAGGAAUUUUCUUUUCAUUCCUAUUGCUAUAUCUCUGAUGAAAACCCUGCAGAAGUGAAAAAAAUUCAUUUGAGAAUGUUGUUUCUUAAUAUUUUUCUUUGUCAAAGGGGGGACACUCUGACUUCUAUGAUGCUUUAAAAGCCUUGGGGAUUUAACCCUUUAACUCCCAAGAUCUGUUUGUCAAUUCUCCCUUCCAGUUACUACACAUUUCCUAGUAAAUUGAUUAUGAGAAUUUGGUGUUCAAUUGAGGUAAUAAACUGUACCUGAUGAGUUUGAGUAUUCUCACUACUUGUUUGCUGUGUAGUGUAUGAAUACUAUAGGGAGAAGGUACACUGUAAUCACCUCUGAGAGUUAAAGGGUUAAAUAUAUUUAAUUUUUUUAAAUUUCAUUUACACAGCUUGUUCUUACUCCAAUGGAAAAACAUCCGGAUGAUCUUAACAUUCAAAUGGCAGCUACGUAAGUUAAUAUUCACUAAGAUUCUUGUAUAGUUUUGACAAUCAUUCAAAAUAAAACAAUUUUAUUAAAAAAAACAAAUUCCCCCAAAAAUUUGAUUAUUAUUUUCAAAUCAAAGUUUUGACCCUAGUAUAUAAAUGUGACUAUUAAGUAACAUUUUGAAUUUUCUUUUCGAUUCAGAGCUUGUGUAUUUAACAUUAUCAGAGAAAGAGGAAGAGAAGCAGACCCACAAGUGCAUCCUCGUUUCUUAAGGUAAAAUUAUUACUGGAUACAUGAUUCAAUGUAGUUAAAACACUUCUGAAACAGUAAUAGAGGGUAGGUGUUGUCAAAAAACAAAAUAUAGCAGUAGUCAUCUGGGCAACCAGGUGGUUACCAUGGCAAUCAAGCCACAGCCCUCCUUUAUGUACCUAUCAACACAACGCCAAAAAACCAGUGUAUGGAAUGGUUACUUACUUAAAAGUUGGCAGAGGUGAGAGAAGGGAAGGGGGGGGGGGAAGGGGAGAAGUGCAAACCCUCCAUGCCCCCCCUGCUACAUGUCAUUGGUUAAACUACUGCCUUAACAACCUGAGGUAGAAAGGUGGUUAAUUUUCACUUUUAUUAUUUGAUUACUUAAAAGUUAUCAAUUAGUCAGAAUCUUUUUAUUAAAAGUUAAUAUGCACUUUAUGCAAGUUAUGCCCCUAAACAUGCUCACUCUGAUGACAGAAUGAUUCAGUGCAUUAUUAUCUUUCAAUAAUCUCUAUUUGUUUUUUCAGUAAAGUUGCAUCUUUGGUUCUAUUAACAAUGAGAACCUUCUUAGUCAAGCAUCAGGUAAGAAUUUUCUUUAUUUAUCAUAAAUGAAUCAAGACAAACAGUAGUCUACCACCAAGUCUCUCUAUUAUAUGUUCUGAUUCUGCUUGAUCUUAUGUCAAAACGAUAGAAGGAUAAUGAAACAUCAGAAAAUAACAAGAGUAUAAUUAAUUAAUGUAUUCAUUGACUGAGCAGAAGGAACAGAAAGGGAAUUCUUACACAGCCCUAUGCCAAUAUUUUCCAGGUCUACCUAUAGCCCAACACAUACAAUCACUCAGUGUUUGUCAAGAGCACUACCUCUUUUUUGUUCUUCCCUUAGCUUUUGAGGAACUGUCUGUUAAUUUUGGAGUCACGGCAAGUUCUAAAAAAAGCAGUAAGUAGAAAUGAUUCAAAUAUGGUAAAUAAUCUAUAAUUAACUCUUUAAACCCUAAGAGUGAUUAGCAUUAAAUUUCUCCCCACAAUAUCAUCCCUGAAUCACACAUUAAGGUCAUGAGAAUAAGGGAAAUGAUCAUCAGCAUAAGAAGCUUUUGAUUGGUAAACAAAUUCUCCUUGUCAGCACCUUAGGAAAUGUAUAAGGAGCAGUAUAGAGAAUAUGCAUACUGAUUUUAGGGUGUAAAGGGUAAAACAGGUUCAGCGCAUUGAAGGAAUACUGGCUCUGAAAAUCUAGGGCAGUAACUGUCAUGAGAUGUGUCACAAAGUAGAGUUAGGAAGCAAUAACUUGAUUUUUGCGUUGCAGACAUUCAACUAUUUUGAAGCAUCACUCUUAGCUAUGGACUCUCUGUGCGACUUCCCUGGUGACCAGGAUAUUUCUCAGCUUGCUACAAAGCUAUGUGCAAUUCUGUCUGCUAAGGUAUCACCAUACUCAUAAAUCCUCUUACUUAGAUUCUUUCCUCAAUUGGACACUCAAAUAUUUAAGAAAAUGAAAAAAUACCACAAAACUUACAAAUCAUUAUCAUUAUCUGAACAUCUGCACACCUACCCCUCCCCUAAUCCAACAUUAAUUGAAGCUUGUCAUCAGUUGACUGUUGUUGGGUUAUGGGGGGGGGAGGGGUAGGUGCACAGUUGCUAAGGUACUGACAUUGAUCCAAACUUUCAGUAGCAUUUCCCCUUGAAAAAGCUCUUUCUUUCAAUUAGUGCCUGUAAACAUUUUGAAUAAUGAGGGCUUCUCCUGCUUGAAUAUACACUUCCUUCCCCUCUGUCUCUCUCUCUCUCUCUCCCUCUUUUAAUUGAUAAGUUACCUUGUUCACUGAACUAGUUAACUCUUUAAUUCCCAGAGGUGAUUAUCAUGUAACUCCUCCCUAUAAUAUCUAUACAUUGUCCAGCUAACAGGUAAUGAGAAUACUCAAACUUAUCAGGUAGAAGUUCUUUAUCUUGAUCUUACACCAAAUUCCUGUAUCUAAUUUACAAGGAAAUGGGAAGCAGAUAGAGGAGAGAAUAAAAACAAUCAGUUCUUUGAGUCUGUGAAGACAUGCAUUUCUGGAAAAUUAUUUUAAUUACUAAAACUAUUAAUUGGGUCUGUAUUAAAACUCCUGGAUCAGCUUUGAAUGUUAAUACUUCAAGUCAGUUUUUGGACAAAUGUCAUACUAUUGGCAUUAUAUCUGUUCACAGUUAAGGAAGAAAAUCCUUUAAAUAUUGACUAAACUUCAUCAGAUUCCCUGCUCUAAUUUGAAGUAAGUAUCUGGGUUACUAAUUAAAGGCUUUGCUAAUUCCACACCUGUGCAGCUGACCACACAAGAAACACUUGCUCUUGGCUCGGAGAAAAACAUUAUGGUAAGAGACAUAACAUAUUAAUCUAUACAUUUAUCUAAAUCAAUUUUAAAUUCAUUUAAUUAGCAAUUAUUAUUAAUCAAAGCAGCAUCUUUUUGCCAUGGUAACCAGUUAUUUAAAUAUCUCAAGUUGUGAUUAAUUAAAUGUUCUCCCAAAAUAUAAACUGUAUCUUUACUGAUCAAUUCAUUUUAAAAUUAUAGACCAUGUUUAAUAUUGUUCAAGAAAAGAUCAGUGCAAGUCAGGUAUGGAUCAGAUAGAAUUUACAACACUAAUGGAAUGAUUUCAUUCUACAAAUGUUAUUUUUUUUUUAAUGGAGCAAGCAGAUUAACCCUUAAACUCCCAAAAGUGAUUAAAAUGUAACUUCUCCCUACAAUAUCCAUACACUAUCCAGCUAGUAGGGUAAUAAGAAUACUCAAACUAAUAUCAGGUAUAAGCUGUCACCUUGAUCUAACAUUAAAUUCUUAUAACUUGUUUACAAGGAAAUGUGUAGCAGCUAGAGGGGAGAAUUAACAAUCUGAUCUUGGGAGUUAAAGCUGGGUCAUUACUUUUACAGUUUAUAGCUGCAUGAUAUUGUGAAUUUUUUUUCAGUAUAAAAGAUUUGAUCAUUACAAUAAAGGAAUAUAAUACAAAGCUAGUGCAUUUUCUACAAAUAGAAAACAUGGGAAAGCAAAGACUAAGGUUAAGGUUACUCUGACUGUGAAUUCAAAUUAGCUGCUUUCAUUAUAAUUAAUUUCUACCUACUGCCCUUCGUAACAUGUCAUAUUUCCUUGUUUUCUUUAUCUCAGUUGGCUUGCGAUAAUUUUACCCAAGAUUUUUAUUAACAUGUCCCUUUAAGAAACUGUUCUCAAUUUUUUCAUCAUCAAUAAUUAUUAAUGAUAUUUUUAAUUGUUUGAUGGGGUCCUUUUUUUUAAGGAGGAUUUCACAUUGAGUUUGGCACUUACUGUUCUAUGGAACUUAACUGGUAUGCAAUGUUUUAAUAAGUUUGCAAAAUUGUACUUUGGAAAGAGAAUGAUUUACAGUGCAAAAAAGUUUGCAUUUAAAUGACUUUCAAUGUGGUAUGACAGGAAUGACACAACCUGUUCAGGUCUUUGAAUGAUGCACAUAGCUGGUAAAGCUGAACCCAGGGUAAUUUGGAAAUGAAAGUAUUUCGUCAUUCACUCUGACAAAGGGCUAAUGCUUGAAAUGUCAGCUUUGAAACUCUUUAUAGUGGCCAAUUUAGGUUAACAACUCAGUUGAAAUAGUAAAUUCCUACAUUUUCUUUUAAUAAGAAACUUACCCCCUUCAUUUGCACUAAAUUCAGUUUCUGACCUAAGGAGGGAUUUGGAGAAAUGCUUGUCCAAGUAGAUAGGAUGUUAGCUCGUUGCAAGUUACCCAACCACUCCACCUUCUCCAGUCAUUUUUUUAGCUUUUCCUGAUAGUUUUCCUGAGUCAUUACACAAGUUUAAUGUCUUUCCCUAGAAUACAAUACAAUGACCCUUGCCAGAGUUCACAACCAGGAGUAAGGCUACUUCCAUGAGCUGUCCAGAUAAAGAAAAAUGAGUUUCUUUCUAUCAUUCACAGAUGAGACACCUAGCACUUGUUUUCUGUUUGUUGAGAAAGGAGGUUUACAAUUGAUAGCACAAGGCCUGAAGGUAUAAAUUGAAGAACAAUCUUUUCCAGAAACUGUCAAAUAAACUAAAAAAAAACUGUUAGGGGUGGUAGAGUGGUUUAGGGUGCUGGACGUGUAAUCUGCUGGUCCCUGGUUCAGGUCCUCCACAUUCAUUGGAUUUGCUCUUUGUCGCCCCGAGUUCUACUUCUCAGCUGUGCUGCAUAAAUAGCCAACCGGUCUGCCUCCUGCCAGUCGGGAUUUUCAAGCACUCAAGUUUAUUUGAAAUAUUUGUUUUUCUCUCUCAAUGUAAAGUAUUGCCAUUUUAACUUCCUCAUCUUAAGAGCACCAUCAGACUGUGUAAGCUUGUGAAAUGUGCCAUGAUCCAAAUCAGUAGCAUUUGACUUUUUCAUCAUGAGAAAAACAAUACUAACAGUUACUUUUGAUUACAAUAAUUAUUAGUCACAAUGACUGAUGCCAAAUUGUAUGCAAUUUUUUGAUAGGAGUCAGCUCCUUGAUCAUUUAUCUCUUUCUUUCCUCUAAAACAUCAUUGAACAGAGUUUUUGAAAAAUACCUCAACAUUGUCAACCACACACUGUCAAAUAGCAACAGCACAACAAAGUUACAGUGUUGUUAAGUAAAUACGUUUGACGUUUCACAGCUCCCACACACCUGGCGUCGAUAAACUUGGGAUCAGACCAGAUUGGGCCUCAGAUCGGAUCAUGGAUCAAAAAAAAAAGUUUUGAAAAGUAAAAAAAUAAAAUCAUUCAUAAAAUAAUAAUACUUAAAAAAUAAGAGUGAAAAAACCCAAAAUAGGUAAAUUGAAAUUAGAAAUGUUUCUUGAUAAGCCAAAAUAAAGUCUGCUUGAUCUAAUGGAGCAUGGGCCCUACUGGAAGUUUGUGUCGGUAAUCCGUUAUCCAAUCUGGUCCAAUCCAGAUUUUAUCAACACUGCUGCCACACACUUAACCAGGUGCUAACCAUAUGUAUAGUGUUUCCAAAUAUAGUAUGGUCUUAUUUCUUAUGGUGCAUUUACAGUUAGCAAUUUUAUGUUUAAUAUGAUGUAUUAUUAAAACAAUUCUAGGUGUUCAGAGAAGGAAGCCAAGAGAAAAAUGUCAUUAUCAAAAAGAAGCUUCUCGGAACACUGGUAAGCCAAUGAGAACAGCAUAUUAAUUGAAAGAGAAUCAAGCCUUUUAAGGACAGGUCUACUUCAAGGAUAAACAAGUUUGCUCCUAGGGCAGCAAUGAUCCUGAAAGUCAUGGUGUGUAUGGCUGCCAGAGAUAAGAUUUAUGAUGAGUCUUCUGUGAUGGACAGUUAAAAAACAAAUAGAAAUAGGAAGCUUGGUAUCAUUUACCAGGAAAGAAAAGGAAAUAUAACAGAGCAUUUAAUAACAUUUCAUGCUUUAAUCAAUCUCACUUUAACUUAGGAACCUAAGCAACAAGGAACGAAAACCCCACAACUUUCUGCAUGACGACUAGCUGAACUCAGGCUGCCAAUUUGACAACCUUUGACCCUUUGCCAAAAACGUUUGCCACUUGCCAUGGCUUCCAAAGUGGUUGCAGCUCAGAGUAGUGCCACAAUUUUUCAUAACAGUUAUGAGGCCCCACUUAAAGAUUUAGAAUCAAAUGUGCCUUUGGGUUUUUUUUUCCCAGAUUGCUAAAAAUUACUUAACAACUACAAACAGCAAUCAUUCGAUGGCCCAAAGCAUUGAGAUUAAAUUCAUUUUGAUCCUCAUUGUUUUGUGUUUUAGAACAAUAUAGCUGAGAUUCCAAGUCUGAGGCAUUUACUCAUCACAGAUGAAUUCAUGAAUCUUUUAGGGUAAUGUUUUUUUUUUUUGGUUGACAAAUGGUGUUUAAAAAUAGGUAACAGGAAUAUUCAGUUUGUUUGCAACAAAUUAAGGUGGCUCUGAAUCUACAGGUCAAGUGAUUUCUCAAAGCUUUGCAACAAGAUCAAAUUCAAUAAGAGAGACUGAAAGGCACAUGAAACUAAUUAAAAAUUAAGUCAUAAAGUGUGGUUUUAAGAGUACAAGGCUGUUGAAGUAGUACUGAUACGUUAACAUUUUUAAUCAAGAAAUGUUUUAACUUGUGUAGUAUUAGUAUUAGUUCAGAGCAUUUAAUCAAAAUUGUUCUUUGAGGAAACAAAUGAAAAUGCGUUUGUUAUUAAUCCAGCAACUGAUAAUUAUUAUUAGUUGAUGAAAAAAAGAAUCAGUCUUAAACCAUGGAUCUUAAGUGAAGUUCAAUUCUCAUCAUGUGCAGGUCUCUCCUGGAUGACGGGCUUCUCCAGUUGUCCUAUUUUUGUGGUGGAAUUCUGUCCAAUGUUAUGCUGGAGUGGUCUGAUGAUAGAGAGCAUCUGUCACACAGCAAACAGUACAUGCUUCACCGGUUGGUAGGUAUUCAUUUGGCAGUCUUACAUUUGGGCAGGGUUGCAAGUUAACAGUAGGCUUUGAGUACCCUUAUAUAACAAAUUCAUCUUUGGGUUGACAUUUUUUUAAGGUUUUUUUUAAUAUAAGGCAAGACUGAGCAAAUUUUAUAUUGACAGUUACUUUGAAAAUAAGAAAAUUAUUACUUCAGUCCCAUGUGCAAGUAUAUCUAAAUGUUAUUUCUAGAAAAGUGAGGAAAUUUUGCACAUUUUGCUCAUUUUGAGGAGGGACUAGAAAGGAACAAUUGAAGAAAAAUUAGGGAGAUGGGGUUGGGGACAUGAUCUAAAAACAACACCUCCGGGUGUAAAAUUUCCAUAAAUUUCCUGAGCUGUUGAAAGGAGAACUUGUUUAACAAUCAGGAGCCUCUUUAAUUGGCAAUCAAUUCCUUUAUUCUCAUGAAUAAUGUGUGAUUGGGAGGCAACAUUGUAAGGAGAAAUUAGAUGGUAAUCACUCUUGUGACAUCAACAGUGUUCAGGUAAAAAUUUUGUGUUUUUCUCUUUAUCAGGAACAAGCUGUGAAAAGUUGGGAAUUUCCUGCAGACCAGCUUGUUGCCUAUAGGUUUGUUUGACUAUCUUUUUGCAAGGUUAUCUUUAUCAAAUACUGGUUGUUUUUUAUCUUUUCACAAAUAGUACAAAGAGAACAAAAUUGCAGGAGCCAUAAGACGAGUGCAGUUUGUAGUCUUUGAAAAAUUUACAAGUGCUUAUUUCAACCAAACUGCAUGAGGAAUCAUGUUGUUACCUAAUUAAUAAUUGGCGAUAAAAAAAUUAUUUCAGAAGGUCCAGUUGGGUGAAUUUUGACAGUGCACACACUAUUUUUAAUUUGCACCCAUGUUGCAUGAAAAAUGCACCUGUUUUCAGCCAAUUAGAUGCACAUAAUUUUUUUAAGUAUAUUACUAACAGAUCAAAAAUUGAUUCUUACAGUCUCCUCUGUGGCAUUAGUUUAAACAUUGUUGAGGUUUGUGUACAGUUAAUGUUAAAAUUGUUAUCAUUUUCCUAUUUUCUGUUAGGUCAUUCAAACCUUUUGUCACACUCCUCCAGUGUGCUUUGCCUGCUGUACAGAUGUGGGCUUUGUGGGCAAUCGUACAUGUCUGCACCAGAAAUGGUAAGUAGCUCUUGAUCCCAAAUUGUUUGAACAGUGGCCUGGCUAAUAAACAACUCAGACAGGAUGAUGCAUUUGAUUUUUGUGAGGCUGAACUUAGAUGGAAACCUCUAUAUGACCCCAUUGAUUGUGCUGACAUAAAUCCAUAUCCCCCUUCCCAUUCAUUCCUUUCUAUGCAGGCCAGGCAGGGUACCUUGAAGUUUGCUCAAUUGCUCUUGUAAUACAUAGCAAGCAAAUCUAGCAAUGAUCAUCCUAAAAUUCUUGCCUGAUGUACACUCAAGAUUUAGAAGCUGGUCUUGUUAUGUUUAUGGUAGACAACUGUCACAAUUUAUUGAAUUUGGGACACAAACUUGCACACCUUUCUCAUAUGAACAUGGAAAGUUUAACCCUCUGACCUGCGGUUUCUCCUUACAAUGUCACCCCUGAGUCACACAUAAAGGUCAUGAGAAGAAAGGAAAUGAUCAACAACAAAAGAAGCUCUUGAUUUUUAUACCAAUUCUCCUUGUCAGCACCUUUGGUUACAUGUUUUGCAUUAGACAAACUUGAAAACUGUUGGCAACAUUUUUCAAGAUUUGUAAUCUGUGAUGUAGUCCCAUUAUAAAGAUGACUUACUCAUGGUAAUGUGUCAAUCAGGCCCUGAUUGUUCGAAGUUUGGAUAACUCUAUCCACUGGAGAAAUCUCUAUCUGGUGGAUAACGCAGUAUGUUUUGCUAUCAUUUAUCCCCUGGAUAAUGAUUUAUCUUGGCUGUUGGAUAGUGUUGUCCACCCCUUAUAAAACUUGGCCCAAGAGCAAUAUCAACAGACAAUCAACUCAUCACAAAUCUAAUCUUGUUUUUCAGAAAAACGUUAUGCCCCUCUUCUUUUUGAUGGGGAAAUCCUGGAUAUUGUUCAGAGGGUCUUAAAAACAUCACAUGAUGGAGUCAGAGAGCUGGCACAGAAGCUUUUAAAUACUGUGGCCAAUUUUGAGUCAAGUCAGAGAACGAUUAACUCUUAACUCUUUUGAAGAGACCUUCAAUGACAACCUUAUAAUAUUUGACUAAGAUUAAGUUUAUUUUUGUAGCUUAAAAGCGGUAUUGUCAAUAAAAUAUUUUCCUCAAUUGCCUUGGGCAGGUCUAUGUGAAAUUUUUACAGGCAGGAUUUAUGUACAGUAGAAUAAAUAAAUUUUAGGGUGCUGACUUUGGUUACAGUUUUGUUUUAUUUGUUGUAUUCAAACCUAGCUUUUGGUGAUCUCUUUUGGCCUCUGACAUGCCAUUUUUUUAAAUUCUAAUUAGUAAUUUAAUGGCCUUAGAUUUGGUUUAUAUCACUUGUAUUCAUAUUUUAAGAUGGUAAGUUCACAGUUACAAAGGAUGUCUCAAUGGCAUUAGGAGAAUCAUAAUUGUUUCACAAAUUGCUAGAUUCUACAUUCCAAGAAAAAAACUCUCCACAUUCCAAUAUCAUGGUUAUAUGGUUGCCACAAUCAUAGGAUUUUGAAAUUCCCUAACUUUUCCCUGAAAAAGGCAAAAUUUCCCUGACCAGCUGAAUUAACAAUUUCACAAGCUAAUCCUGACCUCCAACCUCCACUCACAGCAAUCCUCUCCACCCAUAACUUUAGGUCAAUCCCGCUCUUGUAGAAAUAAUUAUUCCUUCAGAAUUAAAGGUCUCUGUGUUAAGAUUCAGAACCACUUCUGUCAGUAUUUUGCAUGUCAAAUUAACUUAAGAAGCUUUUUCAGCCUGGUAAUGUCUAAAAUAUUUGAAUUAAUUUCAUCUCUGGAGGCAGGCUCUGGAAUAGGAGGUGGUGCUUUACACCCUUGGGAUGUUUCAGAGUUGAAGAGUCCAUGAUCACAAGCAGAAGUUCCUUUUGAUGUUCCUUUUGAUAAAGGGCAGAGAAAGUCACAUGCAAGCAAUAGCUAACAGAGUAAUUGAGUGGUCUCAGGAGAACAGGGUCCAACUAAAUGCCAAUAAGUGCAAAGAACUUGGGAUCUCCUUUGCUAAAGAACAAAGAGUCUUUGAUCCCGUCAUCAUAGAAGGAAAGGAGGUAGAGUUAGUCACUAGCACAAAGCUACUAGGCCUUACAAUUUAUAGCAAACGAUCUAACAUGGAAUGACCAUGUAACUGAGAUAACCAAAAAGGUUAGCAAGAGACUCUAUUUCCUAACUCAGUUAAAGAGAGUGGGAGUUCCGAACAAGAUCUAGCACUGUUCUAUGUAUCGUGCAUGAGAUAUGUUAUUGAUUAUGCAGCACCUGUCUUUUUUAACGGUCUCCCCCAGUACUUCUAGAAAGAGCUGGUACGGCUUGAGAAAAGAGCAAUAUCAAUAAUAACCUCAGGAAAGUGCAACUCGGCAUUAGAGGUGGUUAACACCCAUUUUGGAGUAUAAGUACAUAAUAUGUAGUAGGCUUUUUGAUAACAUUGUCUGUGAUCCAAACCAUAAAUUGAAGGUGCUUCUUCCACCAGACCAUGACAACUCACACUAUAACCUAAGAGGACAGCACUUCUUUAAUAUGCCAAACCUUUGCACAAACAGAGCAAGUAAUACUUUUAUAUAUGCAAUGUUGAAACAGUCCAGGCUGUAGUUUUAUCCUACUUAUAUUCAUG